AUGCCAACCUUAGUAAGCUUGCUUGUGCUCAGUCUGUUGGUUGCCACACUAGCAGCAUCAGGAGAAGACGAAUCAGGCUCCUUAAGCUUUAAAAGAAACUUGAAUACUGGCAGUUCAGGAGUGACAGGCUUCCCGCACCGGUUUCAGCCCUUUUGCAACUAUGCAUGCCAUGGCAAUGAUUGUCCUGAUCCCUCGCAGUUUGACUUUGUAGAAUGCAACCAAACACAAACUGGAAAUCAUUGCAGUCUGAAGGGAUGCCAAAAGUGGACUCAGGGAGUUUUUCCUUUUCUACACCCUGUCAAGGAACAACACACAAAUACAGAUGCUACCGAUAGUAAUAGCAAAGACUGGCCCAUCUGGACGUCCAAAGAAACGGGAAAACGGUAUUAUGUCAUUAAUGGUGGUGCGCCACAACUGGCCAAUCUCACCCUCCAUUUGGAAACACUCCACAACACUAUUGACCAAUUCAUCCCCAACAAGAAUUACGGUGGCAAUCUCGUCUUGGACUUUGAACCAUGGAGUCCUAUUUGGGAACAAAACAUGCAAUCCAUUGCCGGUUUUCACUCCAAAGUCACACAGGAAUACUCACUCCAACAAAUGCAGCAAGCACAUCCGACAUGGUCACACGAAACGGUCCAACACAAAACUGUCACCAUAUUUACUCAUGCCGCCAUCCAGUUCAUGGUACAAACACUCCAAACGCUACGAUUGUUACGGCCUUAUGCGCGGAUUGGGUUCUACGGAUUUCCUGGAAAUCAUUAUGGCCAUUGUGACGACAAUAACGAGAGGUGUGGAUACAGUCAUCCUCACUGGGGACCCAUUCUGCGAGCUCAAAACGACCGCAUCCAGCUCCUCUAUCAGACCAGUUCGGCACUUUUUCCUUCCGUAUACUUGUCGUCCAAUCUGCACAACCAGGAACGGUACGACGUGUGGCGCGUCUACAAUCAAAUCAUGACCAAGGAUACCGUCACGGAAGCCAUUCGUCUCGUCGUCACCCAAACAACAAGACCAUCAUCGCAAAUUAUUCCCAUUAUUCCAUUCUUUUGGGCGUACUAUCACAAUGGAACCACACUGUUGUUACCAGACGAUGUCACCAUGGUGGUCGACACCAUCUAUCGACCACCGUGGGCGACGGCCGUCAUUCAAUGGGGAAAUACUCCCGCACAUUGGCAAAACACGAUAGGUGGACCCAUUUUUCAUCGCAAAGUCCAACAAGUGGAAACUUGUGCCAGACAAUACUGCAAUGACCGGGGUUGGUGUCUUGCUUUCAAUCAUGCUACUAAGGAUGAAAACACUGCCGACACUGGUCUUGCCGGACAACGACGACCCAACUGCAUCUGCGAUCCCGGUUACGGAGGAAGUGAUUGCAGUCAAACAACAGUUGAAGCAGAGGCAUCCAUCAGGGCCUUGGAGUAUAGUACGGUACAAUAG